UCUCCUCUCUUCUUCUAAAUUUCUCUCCCAUUUUCAUUAUCAUUUGGUGCCCUUUUUUCUUCCUUCAGAGAAUAAAAGUCUCUAUGUUUUCUUGAGGAACAAGUUUCAGACGUUUAUCAUCUCCUAAAGGAGGAAAAAAGGAUGGCCGCAAGAAGAGUAAAAGGAAAAGACAGCAAUGCCGUUACCGCCAUAGCCAUUGAUAAAGAUAAAAACAGCCAACACGCUUUGAAAUGGGCCGUUGAGAAUAUCGUCGUCGAUUCUCCAAACUGUAUCCUGCUCCAUGUUCAAACCAAAUUGAGAAUAGGUGCAGGAGAGAACACAGAAGCACCACAUGACAACCAAGAAGAGGCUCAUCAGUUUUUCCUUCCCUUCAGAGGAUUCUGCGCAAGAAAAGGGAUUAUAGCAACGGAGGUUCUUCUUCACGAUAUUGACAUCGCAAGUGCAAUUGUUGACUACAUCACCAACAACUCCAUUGCUAAUAUAGUCCUUGGAGCCUCUGCACGAAACUCCUUCCUCAAGAAGUUUAAGAGCGCAGAUGUGCCAACGACUCUGCUUAAAACAACACCAGAUACAUGUGCUGUCUUUAUUGUGUCUAAAGGGAAGCUCUUAACAAGCAGAUCAGCGAGUAGGCCACAAACACCUCAACAGUACUCUCACCAGCCUUCAAAACAACCCGUAGUACUCUCUACGAUAUCGGAUCCUGGCCCGACAAGCUCCACGUCCAGUGAAUCCGGAAGGUCAUCUCCUGCAUUAAACGGAGAUUUCUCUCCACCACCUCAUUACAAGCCAUCUCUUAAUAUGAGUUCUCCGUCAGGGUUUAGCAAUGAGUUAUAUACUAGCGGUCAUAGUGCUGAAUCAAAUGCGAGUUUCUACAGCAUCCUAGGACGAUCCGCCUAUGGAGGAAGCUCGCAGUCUUCUACAUCCAUGUCCGAGAUAGCCGAUGGAGAGGAAAGCUUAUCUGGGAGCAGUAUGACUGAACUGAAUCAAAACCUUGAAGCAGAGGUGAGAAGAUUGAGAAUUGAAUUGCAACAGUUUAAUGCUUCCAUUGGCAGAGAAAAUGCCCCUCAUCUUCACGGACCUAGAGAUACCUCCGAAUAUGAAAAGUUGGAGGAAGCAAAGGUAGCAAGAGAGAUGCUUAGGGCAUUGUCUGAGAUGGAUAAGCAGAAAACACAGAGUGCGAUCCAAGCCACUGAAAUGGCACAACGACUUGCGGAAAUGGAGAAGCAGAAGAGAAGACUUGUGGAGAUGCAGGCCAGGUUCAGGGAACAGGAGAUGGCCAAUAGCGUAUCCUACAGACGAUACAGCAUCAAAGAUGUCGAAGGUGCAACCGACGGUUUUUCAGAUGCUUUAAAGAUAGGUGAAGGAGGGUAUGGACCUGUGUAUAAAGCCGUUCUUGAAAACACUUCUGUUGCCAUCAAAAUCUUGAAGUCAGAUGUCUCACAAGGCCUAAAGCAGUUCCAACAAGAGAUCGAGGUUCUAAGUUGCAUGAGACACCCUAACAUGGUGAUCCUCCUCGGUGCUUGUCCCGAAUAUGGCUGCCUUGUGUAUGAGUACAUGGAAAAUGGAACACUAGAAGAUCGUCUCUACUGCAAAGACAAUACUCCACCAUUAUCUUGGAGAGCACGGUUCAGAAUCGCUGCUGAGAUCGCCACAGGACUUCUUUUCCUUCACCAGGCCAAACCCGAGCCACUAGUACAUCGAGAUCUGAAGCCAGCAAACAUUCUGCUAGAUAGACAUUUCACCAGCAAAAUCAGUGACGUUGGUUUAGCUCGGUUGGUACCUCCCGCUGUUGCUGAUAGCUUCACCCACUAUCACAUGACUGCUGCAGCCGGUACAUUUUGUUACAUUGACCCUGAGUACCAGCAAACGGGAAUGCUUGGAGUGAAGUCUGACUUGUACUCAUUUGGUGUGAUGCUUCUGCAAAUCCUCACAGCGAUGCCAGCAAUGGGUUUAAGUCAUAGAGUAGAGAAAGCAAUUGAGAAAAAGAGACUCAACGAAGUCUUGGAUCCAAAGAUAUCAGACUGGCCUGAAGAAGAGACUCUGGUGCUAGCUCAAUUAGCAUUGCAGUGCUGCGAGCUGCGGAAAAAAGACAGACCUGAUCUUGCUACCGUUCUGUUGCCUGCACUGAGCAAGCUAAGAGACAUUGCAACAGAAGAUCAUCAAGUGCAUAACAACUCGAAUGAUACAGUUUCUGUUUCAGAUGCUCAGAAUUCGGUUCCUCUUUCCCCAGUAUCUUCUUCUCAGACAGAGGAUGCAUAAAGAAACUCCUGGCUAUGAACUUGCCAAGUUUAAGCAUUAGAUGCCAUCCCACACGUACCAGAAGAAGGCGAUCACUAUUAUCAUAAACAAGCCAAAAUGUUGAUCUGCCAUAGUGUCUGGAGUUACUAUCUUGUAUAUGAAACACACUAUUUUUUUUUUGGUCUCGUGAAA